CAUGGGAUACGCCCGCCAGUCACACCACUGAAGUCCAGCGAAGGUUCACUUUAUUUCAGGCUGUGACUUUGGACCAGGAGGACUUGGGUACCUAUUACAAGAAACAACAAAAUACUAGCAUAGGAAAAGCAACAGGACCCAUUGCAAUCUCUCACAUCCCAUUCAACUCAAGAAGAGGGUGGGUGCUCAUUUGACUGAAGAGCCACGGCAGUCCUCAGACGGUUUCAAGUCACCCCAUAGCCUGACUGCGUUCAUCAACUCGGAACACGCCGGCCGGUUUGUCUCGUAUGAAAUUGUGAUUUCACUGUUUGUUUGGAUCAAGACUCUUCUAGUGAUUUCUAAUCAAGACAGGAUAUAAAGUAAAGGAUAUGAAGAUCUUCUCCAGGAGGAUAGAUAAGUUGGCCCUUGUUUCGUCAAUUUUGACUGUGUUCCUGAUACAAGGUGUGACCGGCGAAGAUCCUCCGACCAACAGCUCGUGCCCAAGCACCCAGUUCCAAUGUGCAAAUGCAAAAUGCAUCCCAAUGGGCUGGAGAUGUGAUGGGGACGUUGACUGUACCGAUAAUUCGGACGAGACAGAUUGUCCAAGCAUAACAUGUGCAGAAGAUGAGUUUCACUGUCUAGACAAGAAAUGUAUCCCGAUGAGAUGGACCUGUGACAAGGAUGAUGAUUGCAAGGACGGUUCCGACGAAUCACACGAACUUUGUGAUCGUAGAACAUGCAGCCCAGAUCAGUUUGUCUGCAAUUCUGGUGUAUGCAUCCCUGGGGACUGGCAGUGUGAUGGAUCCUCAGAUUGCAGUGAAGUAGAUGGGGAAGAUGAACACUGCAAUACCACUUGUGAGGUAGAUGAAUUCAGCUGUACAAAUGGACAGUGUAUAGCAGAUCGAUGGAAGUGUGAUGGAGACAAAGACUGUAAAGAUGGCUCUGAUGAAGCCGAUUGUGUGACUCCCCAGUCAUGUAAACCAGAUGAAUUUCAGUGUCAUGAUGGCCCAUGCAUUAAGCAAUCCUGGUACUGUGAUCAGGACAUUGACUGCAAUGACAAGAGUGAUGAAAUGAAUUGUGUCAACGUUACCUCUGAGUGCUCCGGCUCGCAGUUUAGAUGCGUAUCAACCGGUGAAUGUAUCCACAGCUCCUGGUUCUGUGACAAUGAUGUUGACUGCGAGGAUAAAUCUGAUGAGAACUGCAACGCCACAUGUCGCAGUGAUCAAAUCAUGUGCUUAGAAGAACGUUACUGUUUGUCAAAAUCUGUGAGGUGUAAUGGUGACGAGGAUUGUCUAGAUGGCUCCGAUGAACGUGACUGCCCGCCCACACAUCCAUGCAAGGAGACCGACUUUCAUUGUGGUGAUGGAGAGUGCAUUGACAAAUCACUUGUGUGUGAUGGAACUGCAAACUGCAAAAACAUGGAAGAUGAAAACCCUGAUCAGGGCUGUGCACCUCAUGAUAAUCCAUGCCAAGACAACAAUGGUGGAUGUGACCAUGUGUGUGUCAACUUGUUCGGAAAUAAACACAAGUGUGACUGCAACCCAGGUUUCACACUGAUGAAUGGCUCCCAGACUGUGUGUACUGACAUUGAUGAGUGCCAGGACAAUCUGAUUCAUGGCACCUGCUCUCAGAUCUGUAAGAACACCAAGGGAAGCUACAAGUGUGAAUGUGUUCAGAAUUAUUCACUCGUCAACAAGAGAUACUGCAAAGCCGACGGAGGCCACCCACAGCUGCUUUUAGCAAGUAGAAAGGAUCUUCGAAGAAUUACACUUGAAACAUUUGAUUACAACCUGCUCCUCGAUGAUGGCCAUAUAUCUGAUGCUAUUGCUAUGGAUUUUGAUUUUGUUGGAAAGAAGUUUUACUGGACAGAUGUCGCAAAAGAGGCUAUUUUCAGAGCUGACUUCGACAACACAUCAUCGAUUGAAGAGGUAGCAUCCACAGAUGUCAGCACUCCUGAUGGUCUUGCAGUAGACUGGAUCAACAAGCACCUCUACUGGACUGACACUGGCUUUGACAGGAUUGAAGUUUCCUCGUUGGAUGGCAAAAUGAGGAAGACUCUUAUUAACACAGGAUUAGAUGAGCCAAGAGCCAUAGUACUGGAUCCCAACCAUGGCCUUAUGUAUUGGACUGACUGGGGUAAACAGCCUAAGAUUGAACGAUGUGGAAUGGAUGGUAAUGACAGGAAAGUGAUUGUCAACACAACCAUCACCUGGCCUAAUGGACUCACAAUCGAUUAUGUUGCUAACAGACUGUACUGGAUUGAUGCCAAGCGCCACACCAUCGAGAGCUCAAACAUGCAUGGAUUAGAGCGAGUGUCUGUACUGAAGAGCCACCUGCAUCUCAACCAUCCCUUUGCCAUCACUGUCUUUGAGGAUUACCUUUACUGGACAGACUGGCCAUCUGAGUCUGUCAGGAAGUACAGCAAGUUUGGAAGACGUGGUGAUGAAGUAGUCAAAGUGGAAACAAUUGCCCUCAAUCUGCAUUCACCCAUGGAUGUACAUGUAUUCCAUCCUUACAGACAACAAGUACAGAGAAGGUUGUGUGGUGAUAACAAAGGCGGCUGUUCCCACUUCUGUCUCCCGAAAGCUUAUGAUGUCACCAACACUGAAUUCUUUGUCUGUGACUGCCCCAAUGGAUUCGUCUUGUCAUCAGAUAAGAAGACCUGUGUUGAAGGAGACAUUACAACCGGUACUACACCCAGCAAAGCCAGUCCUUCUCCAGUGCCAGUCAAACCAGAUUCUCCAAAUAGAAGUCACAAUCGCUCAUCUAGUCAUGUUCCUACAGUUGUCACCACCAGUAAGCCCACAGUACCUGAGGUGUCCACAGGAAGUGAAGUAACGGAAGGUUCUGGCUACUCCAUCGUCACGCAUCCAGACCAGUUGAAUACAACGGAACAGCACACACCAGAGCAUAUGGCGGAAGAAAAUAUUGGACACAUUGCUGGCAUCGUCAUUAGCGUCCUGUGUGUCCUCUUCAUCAUUCUUGGAAUUGUUGGUUAUGUGCUGUACAGAAGAUACUCCCGAGGAAAUGGAAAGAGCAUGAACUUCGAUAAUCCCGUCUAUAGGAAGACAACCACAGCAGAUGACGUCACCAUUGAAAACAAGUUGCCACCGAGCAUGCAGCCCUUGACACAAAACAGUGGCGAUGUUAUAUGUUGAACAUAGGACCAUCUGGCUUGGCUACAAUCAUCAUCUGACAAGUGGCUUUUGGUAACAGCAAGAAUGAGCUGUUAUGUAGCAGUGAAUAACAGUGACAACAUGAGUUACUGCAGAAUAACAGUAAACAGCCUUUAUUGCCAUCAGGCUCUGCUAAUGGAACCAUCAUGAACGUGAUGCUUGUGUGGAACUUCAUCUCUCAUUGUUGCCCCACUGAGUGUUGUCGCUGUUGUCAUCGCCACGACUACCACCACCAUCAUUGCCAAGUGACUGCCGUGGUAAUGUGCCAAUCAUGUGUCAAUCAUGUGUCUACUCACUGCAUUGCUGCCAACUUGAUGUCUGCUCAUACCACGCCAGCAUGGCAAAAAGUGCAUCAUUGUGAUCAGUUUCCCUUGCUAUGGUUGUUAAGACUUGGAUGAAUUCAUAGAAACGGAGAAUGUUUAUUUCAUUAUUAAAUUAUUUUGUUGAUUUGUCUGUGUGUGUACAUUAGCAGCAUGCAAUGCCUGAAAGUGUGAGAGUUAGGCUGAGGCCCUCAUUAUUUAUGCUUUAUCACGAAAAAAACUCAUCAUUCGCCUCAGUUGUUGACUUCGAAUAUGACCGAGUUGAUCAUGUGUUCCCCAUAACACAAAAAUUCCACUGACAAUGCCUGCUCUCUGCACUGGGAUGUUGCAAACUGAACAAAAAUGUGCUGGACAGAUGGAUUGUAUUCGUGGAUGGUGGGCUGGAAUGAAGACACAUCACCAAGGGUCUGGGCUAGACAGGACAUGUUGGUGCUCACCAAUGCCCUACAAGCACACUGUGCUGCGAGCUUCCCCCAUCACCGAGGACGUCUCAUGGAGAUCUUAUGGAGUACUCCCCAUCAGUGCACCAUCACAGUGCUGGUACCUUCAGCAGCAAUCAUUCCCCUUCAACUGCUGAAAACAUCCUACCUAAAUCUCCAUGAAGUUCGAGCCACUGACACAGGAACAGGGCCGGACAACCAGGCCAAAAGAGAACAAAGUGUGGUGUUGAGGAUGUGUGAGGCAGAGAGCAAGAGACGAUAACUAUUUAUUCCAUGGAGGAAGGCCAGUUGGCUAGACCCAUGUGCCUUCACCUCCUGUAAUAAACAAUGUCCUUCAGUCAAGUGUGUACAUAUUAAUGUUCCUGUAAUGUAUGUGAUGAUAUGUCCUGUGUGUGUGUGGAUGUGUAUGUACAUAGUGUCAUGUGUAUAGAGUGGUGUGUUUACAUGCUAGCGUUGCUACUGCAUCAGGCUGUGUUGGAGCUCACUUGAGCUCGAGUUAUCAAUCUCAUUAGGACCUUAAGGCCAUGGCUGCUAGAUUCACUGGACGGUGGACUCCAUAGACAGCUUCCCUUUGUGCUUGCUAUGAGCGUUUCAGGCAGUAGUGCGAAUUAGGAUCAGCCAUUCCGUAGUUAGAAGUACCCUUGCUGCAUGCAGCUGUCAGGACACACAGGGUAAGCAGAUUAUCAGCUUCCUGCCACCUCUGCAAUCAAAUAUUUCAAUUCUCUGGGUGUGCCAGACAGGUGUUCACUCUCAGGACAUCUAUCAUAUGAAACCAAUAAGUAUGCAUCAUCUCAACCAAUAAAUCUAAAUCAUACCACGAUUAACACCUAUGCCGCCUAUGUUUUUACCAUCUACCAUUCGUUUUCACUGCCUUUUUGAUGUUUUAUUGAAAUCCACUUUGAGUUUGGUCAAUAUUGUGCAUAGAUGUGGCUAGUGCAAAAGUUUGGUUAAAAAGUGCUCAUGUGUUUGGUUGUGAUAAUGUGGUUUAUACAAUGCACGUACAACUGAGUUUCAAGUUUUGAGGGCACCUUUUCUCACAAUGCAAAACCUGCUGAGCUCUUUCUCAGUAGGCUAAGUCACAUCGUGUUAAUAUAUUUAAUGUUUGUUUAUUUUCUGUAUAAAAUUUGUAUAUUAACAUCCUGUACAGCUGCUUGUAUAUUGUUUAAGAACAUAAUGUAAUUGUGAAUCUCAGAGCAGACACAGAUUCAGUGUACGACAGAAUGAAUGAAAGCGAAUAGAGAGCCAGCGGGAGUGAACGAUGUUUGACUGUGCAAAUAAGUAUGGUUGUUUGUGUGGCUGUAUAAACGUUUGGUGAAUUUCCAUUGUAAAUGUGUAGAUAAUGUGCUCUGUAAAUCAAGAAUGUAUCAUUUUUUGGUCAAAAAUGCAAUGUAAUAAAUUUCUAUUUAAAGAUA